CUUAUUUUGAAGGUUGUCUACGGAAGUUGUGCUUUAUGUUGCGGUUAACUUGACCUGUGUUAGCUACCUGGCUAUAUGCAGUAGCGGCAUGGCUUACAGUGCAAAGAUCGGUCCGUCCAUUCUAAGCAGCGACCUGUCCUGUCUGGGCAGCGAGUGUGUGCGGAUGAUGGAGUGCGGGGCAGAUUAUCUGCACCUCGACGUUAUGGACGGGCAUUUUGUCCCCAACAUCACAUUUGGUCACCCCAUGGUAGAGUGCCUAAGGAAAUCCAUAGGCCAAGACCCUUUUUUUGACAUGCACAUGAUGGUUUCUCGGCCAGAACAGUGGGUGAAGCCGAUGGCUGCAGCAGGGGCCAACCAGUACACAUUCCACUUGGAGGCCACCACCAACCCUGGAAACCUCAUCAAGGAGAUAAAAGAGAGUGGCAUGAAGGUGGGUUUGGCCAUUAAGCCUGGUACUACUGUUGAAGAACUGGCACCCUGGGCUAACCACAUCGACAUGGCUCUGGUCAUGACUGUUGAACCUGGCUUUGGAGGACAGAAGUUCCUUGAGGACAUGAUGCCCAAGGUGAGCUGGCUGCGCAGCCAGUUCCCUUCGUUAGACAUUGAAGUAGACGGAGGCGUCGGCCCUGACACCAUUCACAAGUGUGCAGAGGCAGGAGCCAACAUGAUAGUGUCAGGCAGCGCUGUGGUAAGCAGCGAUGACCCUCGUUCUGUCAUCGCUCUCCUGCGCACUGUGGUGGCAGAAGCAAUUCAGAAACGCUCGCUGGACCGCUGACGUGUCCUGUUCGAGCAGGUCCUCACGGCAUCACUCUACUUGCCCGUCCAAUCAGCGCACCACAGCAGCCAGCGGAGCAGACUUAAUACAGGGGUCUCAGUCAGAGCAGGGGCUUCUGUGAAGUCACGAGCUGAUGGUCAAAUCUAAUGACUGAAGCUGCAUUGUGCCUCUACAAAACAGUUUGAACUUCAUCCUGUCCUUCCACAGUCUCCUCUUUGAACAAUUACAGUAAGUCAAAAUAAGUCUCAUCAUUUUGAGACUGUACCUGAGGUUACGCUAAUGUCACACCUGUAAACAUUCCUGAAUAUUGUUUUCACUUGUACUGUAAGUUUUAGGUAGAAAUUAAUAAAAUGGCUCAAGAAGCACUGUGUUUAGUAUA